GACAGAUGGUGCGUGCCCAAGAAAAGAUAAWCCAAAAUGCCAGUAUUCAGAAAUAAGGAUGAAACUCGCCCAAUAAUCUCUCUAGGGAGAAGGACUGAACCUUACACUUUGUGCAGUGAUUCAGACGAGGAUUUCGAGGAAAUCGAGUUCGAAAAAGCGGUCUUUGAACGGCAAUGUCUGUACGAACCUUCGCGAACAAGAAGACAACGGACCGUUAGAAAACUGCUCUUUUGCUUGUUAUUAUUGGUAUUUGUUGCUAUUUUAGCGUCCUUGUUUUAUUAUUACUUCUCAAGACAGUCGUUGCAAAGAUGGAGGAGAAUUGAAAUGCAAGAGUUAAGGGUUAAACUUGACGGUGGCUAUGUUGAUGGAGUUCUUGAUGACGAAGUUUUCGUUUUCAAAGGAAUUCCCUACGCAGUACCUCCAUUACGGAAAUUGCGAUGGCAGUAUCCCGAAUAUUGUACUUUGAAUCGUUGUUGGAAUGGAACACUCAAAGCUUCACAAUAUGGUGACCAAUGCGUGCAGGCAAAGUUCAACAAUGAAGGUUCAAUACAAAAUAUUUUUGGCAGUGAGGAUUGUUUGUAUUUGAACGUCUGGUCUCCAACGACAUCAUACGCCGAAGAAAAGUUGCCAGUAUUAGUGUAUAUCCAUGGUGGAGGGCUUGUGUCGUCCUCUGGAAAUGAGGCAGGAUUGCACCCAAGUCCAGAAAUGGUAAAACAAAUGCAAGUUGUUGCUGUCAGUCUGAACUACAGACUAAAUGCCUUUGGAUUUCUUGCUCUGGACGUCCUUUCAUCUAACUCAGAAUAUAACACAUCUGGCAACUACGGCUUCAUGGAUCAAAUUUUGGUCCUGAAAUGGAUCCAGAACAAUAUUGAAAGAUUUGGAGGUGACAGCAGUAAGGUCACCCUGCUAGGACAUGGUUCAGGUGGGACAUCCAUACUUGCACUGACAGCAUCACCAUUUGCUAAAGGGCUUUUUCACAGAGCUAUUGCAAUGAGUCCCAGUGCAGAUAUUAUGACAACAACUGCAAAAGCUUCAAAAGAUAAUAUGGUUUUUCUGAAAAACACAGAGUGCUUUGGGAGAGGUGAYRCUCUUCUAUURAAAUGCCUCUAUGACUACCCUGCAGACRAAAUAAUUAAAGCAAUUCCAUGGAACGUUUACCCUUAUUGGUCAAUGAAGGAUCGUUAUGAUUUGCCUACMAAAGGAUUAUAUGAUGGUGGCAUUGGGGUGAUCGAUGGCCAUGUUGUACCUCAGUCACCAGUUGUUUCUAUUGUUAAAGGUCUGUCAAAUGAAGUGUCACUUAUUAUUGGUAACACUGSUCAGGAAAUUGGUAUAAGACCAAACAAGAACUUCAUCCACUCUUCAAUGUUUUCACUCCAAAAUUACACAAGAGAAAAACUUGUGCCAUUCUUUAAUGGUAAACCUGACAAAAUUGAUGAGGUUUUUAAAUUGUAUGAUUUCAACACAUCCAACAAGUCUCUUCAAUUCCUGUACUUGACACUAGCAUCAGAUAUCAGAGAAGUUUGUCCAGUUGAGUAUCUGGCAAUGACUGCAUCAAAACAGUUUCAAAAGAGCCAUAUAUACCGUUACAUUGUAACACAUACCCCAUCUGGCCAUGUCACAAUUCCAACAAUAUCACAAAGUUAUGAUGGCCCUCAGUAUUCAUUUCAUAUGUGGGAUUUAAUAGCCUUUUUUGGCUAUCCUAAACCUUUUAAAUACAGACCGUCUUCAACUGAUACUUUUUCACAGUCAUUGAGGACAGAAUUUCAACAUUUUUUCCGCUAUGGUAAWGUAAAAAAUCCAAACUGGAAGAACCAUCUCUCACAUAGCAAUGACACAGCUUUGUUUGAUGACUUUGGAUUGAAAGUUAUACCUAAUGUUUACCACCGUAAGCAGUGUUUGUUUUGGCUUGAAAAUGGAUUUACUAAAUAUGCUUGGGUCAAUUGAGUAACAAGAAUCAGWGACUGCACUAUUGCAUCAAAYWAWUGACUGCUUCRAUAUGUUUGAGUUCUUUUGYUUAUUGACAUAAAAAGAGUAAAGUAGCACCACCGGAGAGAUUGCUGUCACUCUGUUAUAACCAGUUGUAAGCUAAUGAACAAUACCUUUAUGAUUUUAAAUGGCAUUAAUUUGUUAUUUAGUUUUAGGGUUCACUGUACAGCUUUUGAAUCAGUUAUCAGACAUAAGUCAGGUUUUUGUCAGUUUUAACAAUUUAAGGUUUCAUUUUCUACAGCAGAAACUCCUAACAUGAAUUAGAUAUUUGUUUGAGUACAAAAUGUGUAAAUAAAACAUCAAGUAAUAAUUAGUA